UGUGUUAACUAUUUAUACUGUGUCCACUCCAAACCAAAACAAUAAAUACAAAACAUUAUUUUUUAAACAAUGGAUGGAGUUAAUUAAUCUAUUAAAAGAGUAUUUAAUGUACGUUAAGUGAAUAAAUAAUCGGCGUUUAAUUUGGGAUUUCCAUUUUCUUCGUCAAUAGUAAACAUGGCAGAUUCUACAGAAUAUUCAUCGUUAUUUGCACUCGUGGACAGCCAUUUAUCCAAAACGAGCAUUAGUUCUGAUAAAUCCCCUAAAAAUACAUUUAUUCUUCCAUCACUUGGAAAUGUUCCAAACUGUAGUACAUCAGAAGGACAGAUUAAGACUCCCUUAGCACCAAGAUUUCCUGCAUCACCUUUUACUGUUGGAGUAAGUGAAAGUCCCAUAAAAAAUAUUUUAGCUCAACAGGUAGCAAAUAUGCUGAAAACUAAAGAGCGAAAACAACAAGAAGAUAGAGAUCAAAAACUAGUUAAAGACAUGCAACAAUUUAACCUCAUAGAUAAUAGUGAUUAUGUUAUUGAUUUAAUGAAAGCAGUGAAAACUCCUUAUAAGUUUGAAAGGCAAGAAGUAAGAGACGAGGAAGUGCUUAGUAGUAGUAGUUCCUUUGAAUCACUUUUUGAGCUGAAAUUGACUGAUACUGUUGAAGUUUCAAAAAUGUCAGACAUAUCUGAGGUCCCUUUGCCUUGUUUAUCUGAUAUUUCAUAUAUAUUAAGUAAAAAAGUUUCUGAAGGCAAACCUUCAACAUUCGGAAAAGUUUUGACAUCACGAUUAAGGCCUGUAGCAGCUCCAUACUUACAUGAACAUACUAAUAGCAGUAUUAAGGUAUUUGAUUUCUCAACUGCUUCACCUUGUGACAUACAUAAACAAAGAUUACGAAAGCCUACUAUGUCUAGUACCUACACAUCUAUCAUUGAAUUAUAGAUAUUCAAACAUUAAACUUAUCAUUCUCUUUCAUAUAUUACCCAUUUAGGUGUAUUUUUCUCUAGAUCUAGAUGUUUUUAGGUUUAAAAUCUAAAAGUUUUUUCUUCUACACACACAUGUUGUGUAUUCACCAAAAUUAAGAGACUUGUUACAAAAUCAUAGUUUUAGGACUGAGGUUUACUAGAAUUAAUUAUCAGACCAACAUCAGUCUUUAGGACUAAAUAUAUACCUCUAUACACUACUGAACAACAACAAUUUUUAUUUAGUUAUUAGGUUUGAAUAACUUGUUUU